AUGACAGGCUAUCCCUACACGGCACUCUCGCCGCUGCAGAGGCGCCGCCGACAGUGGUACUGGCUCUUCGCGGUCGCAGUCAUCCUCCUCUUCUUCAGCGCAGCAACCUAUUCCGACGCGCUGCCAGACCUGCCGACGCUCAGCACCUUCUCCCGCCUCCGCUACUGUCGCAACGACGAGAUUGCUGAAGGGAGCUGGGUGCCGGCGCCUGUCGACGGGCGCACCUGGGCUCGACUGAAAGUCUCGGCCGGCUACACCUGCCACGACAACCGCCAUGCGCUCAUGUGCUUCACCAGCGAGCCGUCCGAGCUACCUCGUCUCGCCGCAGCAAACAGCUGGCGCUGGCAGCCUCGCGACUGCCAGCUGCAUUCGUUCGACGCAGCUGCCUUCGUCCGCCGCCUCUCGCGCAACACUCGGCAGGGCAAGAAGGGCAGCGGCAUCCUCUUCGUCGGCGACUCGCUUCAACUACAGCACAGCCAAUCAUUCGAAUGCUUGAUGGGCGACCAUAUCGAGCGAGACUUCCUAUCGGACUACGAGGUCGGCAACUUCUCCUUGGAGGACGGCGCAGGACAGAUUGGCUUCGUCAGAACCGACUACCUCCUCCAGCCUGAGGGUUGGAAGCUGCUCAUGCCGGACGAGGAGGAGCCUGCUGACAUCGGUCGCUUCGUCCGAAAAUGGACGCACAUGGUUGAGGACAAAGAAUUCGUCGUGGUCAACACAGGCGCCCAUUGGGGCGAUCACGCUCCACCGACGCUCGCUCGCUACGAGCGGAUGACAAAGGAGAUCAUCUCCUUCAUCGACCGCUACCCUCACAUCACGCUCAUCGUCCGCUCCUCCGUCCCGGGUCACAACGACUGCUCGCGCUACUCCGCCCCGCUCAUUCACGACGACCCUGAGAUGCACAACUCGUACAACUGGCAAGGUUUCGAUCUGUACAACGACAUCUGGCGAAAGACGCUCGAGCAGCAUCCGAAGCACAUCUUCCUCGAUGUCGGCGCGACAAGGCUGCGGCCUGACGGUCAUCGCAUGCCCGACAAAGACUGCUUGCAUUAUUGCUUGCCCGGUCCCGUCGACUGGUGGAAUCGGCUGCUGUAUCACGUCAUCAUGGGGUUGUGA